CUGUGGUAUCAUUAGUGAAAUCGCAGACAUGGCGUCGACUGACAAAAUUAUUAAGUCUCGGAAACGAAAAUUACUGCUGGAUACCGACAUUUAUGAGCUAGACCCUGAAGAUCGAUCUCCAGUUGCAUCACCACCUACUAUUAUAAUUCCACCUUCCGAUGAGGAUCUCGAUGAGUCUAAUGUAAGCCAGGAGUCAGAGACGUUCGAUAACCUCUCCGGACCUGUCAACUUCGACAAAACAGUUGGUCCUGGCGUUGCCCCGGAAGGUUUUAUACUCAUCGACGAAGAUGUUGGCGUUGAUGAAACCGAUAAUUCACACAGCCAAAUGUACGAUGCAUCGUCCGAGACAUUGAGACCGAUUUUCAAAGUUAUGUUUAGAGACAUUGAUAUUGCCAGGAAGCACGGGCAGGCCAUUGAAGCAUUUUUAUUAAAUUUGCUUUCUGCGACUACAAAAUCUAAAGGAAAGUAUGACCCUUCUGGCUCUGUACUUGAGAUUUGGGAUCAACAAGGGGUAUCGGAAGAACAAGAAGCCACCUGUUCAACAGUCCCUGACAAUAACCAAGCAGCAGCAGAGGACCAACUUUUUGUGAUUGAUACUCAGCCUAAAUUAAAAGAUGAUUUAGACAUUCCUACAUAUGGAAAGAAAUUCGAAAGAGUAUUAGAAAAACAUGCCGAGAAGAUUGUGGCAAACCUACCUGAAGAUCACGCUCCAAAGUUGUCAUGUUUCAACUGCUUGGGCAAUCACAAUUUACGUGAUUGUAUCAAGCCGCGCAAUCAUGCCAAUAUAAACAGAAAUCGGAAGGAGUUUACUGCAAACAUGAAGCCUAGAAAUGGAAGAUAUCACUUAGAGGAAGAACAAAAAUUUGGACAUUUUGUGCCAGGGCAUCUGAGUAAAAACCUUCGAAAAGCUUUGGGGCUUAGAGACAAUGAACUACCUAGACAUAUUUACAGCAUGAGAUUACUUGGCUACCCUCCAGGGUGGAUGGAGGAAGCUCGAGUACAACACUCUGGAUUGACGCUGUUUAAUUCAGAAGGGAAUGCAGAUCUUGAUCCCACUGACGAAGAAGGAGAAAUUAUUGUUGCUGGAGAAAAAGAUGAAUUUGACAUCAAGAAAAUAUAUGACUUUCCAGGAUUUAAUGUCGUUCCUCCUCACGGUACACGAGAUGAAUACAAGUAUUUUGGAACACCACGAAUGCAAGAAAUGCAUAGCAAGGAGGUCAUGCUUUCAAGACUGAGUGGUAGAAAAGUGCAGGAUGGUUAUCAGAGAAAGAAGAUGAAAGUGAACAGAUCUGGAACGGUGAAAAACACGUCUAUUUCUCCUAUUGAAAUGGAAAUUGCGGAUAUAGAAGAUGAUGUGGUUGCAACUUUGGCAGUAAAUGAAUUAUGCACCCCGCCGUUACCUACGGACACACCUCCCAAGCCUGAUGAACCACCCGAAGCACCGCAAAACUUUGAUAGUCAGUCGCAAAAGCUACCAUCUCCUAACUCCACGCAGCAAAAUACGGUGCCAUCAUCGCGAGCAGGUUCACCAUCACUGUCUGAUUUAGAGAUUGCGAAAAAACAACUUCUUGCGGAGUUGGAUGAACCCGCGCUACCAUCAGAUCCAGGAAAAUCUGUGAAUGUUGGAAACUUGAGUACCAUUUCAAAUCAUUCUGACAGCACUGGAAUGCCGCCCCCGUGUAAUGCAGAGCAUACACCCCAGUCGACUAGAAUACAGAACAGGGAAAACAAUUCUCAUUCAAGUAACACAGGUGUAGUGAAAUCCAUCGACCUGGGCACUCCUGUUCUACAAAGUACAUCACCGUAUAACAGGCUACCGUCGUCUGAAAAAUUUUCUAAAGAUAUUUGUGACGUAUUAAAUUUUGAAAACCUGCCUGAUUCAACAGGUCAAUAUGAGAAAAUGAGCGAGAUUAUUCAAAAAGUACGUGGUACGGUGUCAAAGUUGCAACAGGAAUAAUUGUCAGAAUAUUAAGGAAAUGUUCAGUCUGUGGGUUUCAUUUCUCUGUUUGAAAGUUCAUGUUUCGAAGUGUAAAAUAAAUAAUUGUUAUUACAUUGUAAUUUCUUAAAUUACAUAAGAAUUAUUCUUAUACAAUUCAAAAGAAAUGAAAAUAGCUUAUGAAUAUUAUAAUUUUACAGUCUGUAAAAUUGUCAUUCGAGUAACCUUAAUUAUAUACAAGAUACUACUUAUAAAUAGUGGCGUAAAAUUAUUAUACCGUGUGUCUGUGAAGAAAGUGCGCAUCUUAUCCGCGUGCGUUAAAUCGUUCGAAUUUUAUUGGCUGACAGUUAUCGCCUGAUUGAACAGCCGAUGCAAUACAAAUCGCAACUAUCAGAAAAUGUCCUUAGGGGCCCACCGUUACCUGUGGACAACUGCUGUUGGUGUUGUUACGAAAAACAAUUCGCCGAUUCGGAGUUGAUCCGAAGUAAAAUCAAUCAGACACACGUUAAUCAUGCCAAUCAAGUCAUCGGAUUCCUUCCAUGGUCAAUUUAUUACUGUAAUCCGAAAAUCAUUAUUAACAAAAUACUUAUCCAAACCUUUGUGCUCCCUUUGCGAACUCGGAAGAAGUUAUAUUCGCAAGGGAAGCGCGCAGUUUUGGUAAAGUAUUUUGUUAAUAAUAAUUUUCGGAUUACAGUAAUAAAUUGACCAUGGAAGGAAUCCGAUGACUUGAUCGACACGAUUAACGUAUGUCUAAUUGAUUUUACUUCGGAUCAGCUCCGAAUCUACGAAUUGUUUUUUGUAACAAAACCGACGGCAGUUGUCCACAGGUAAUGGUGGGCCCCUAAGGACAUUUUCUGAUAAUUGAGAUUGGUAUUGCAUCGGCUGUUCAAUCAGGCGGUAACUGUCAGCCAAUAAAAUUUGAACGAUUUAACGCACGUGCAUAAGGUGCGCACUUUCCUUAUGGACACACGGUAUACGAAUCGUAAUUGGUAAGGUCAGAAAAAUGCUUGUCAGCCAAUAACAUUAGGUAAGUUUGAUGAGAAUUUUGGAGAACAAAUAACUUAUCCGAAUGCCGCCAGUAAAUUAGUUACUUUGGAUGGUCAAUGGACUGUGGUAUACAUAAUGCAAACGAUAUUGAAAGUGGCAAAAUACAUAAGAAUAUACAGAUCCCAUUAAAUCACCUGAAUUUGAAAUGUGUAACAUGGACAAAAAAUUCAGAAUUGUUAGGUCUGGAGUAGUAUUUAGCAAUACCAGAAAAAUAUUGCUCAACUAAUUCUAUUAUUAUAAUAAUUUUUUGAAGCCCCAACUUUCUGAGAAAACUUGCAAGGGGUCCUGGAUUGAUCAAGAAUGGCUCAUAAGAACAUUCAAUCUGAUAAGUUAUAAUAGAUUUUAUACACGUGUAUUGUUACUGUACAGAAUAUCUCAUAGAUAAAUUAAAAUUAUUCGUAUUUUCCAAUUACAAAAUAAAACAGAAUUUAUUAA